CCAAUUCUAGGGUUUUGCAGGCAGGGUCAACAUACGAUUUGUCCAUUUAACUGAAUUUGGACGCAGAAACAUGGCCGAAACGUCACUGGAAGAGCGAACCAACUCCAAAUUCCUUCGGGUUAAAAAUGUCGUCCAACAACACCACACCACGUCUGACGACGAAGAGAGCUACGGUAUUAAUCCAGCAAUUCCCGGAAAACCCAAAUACAAGUUCCACAAAAUCGCGAUAUUCUUCGCCUACUGCGGCGUGGGAUAUCAGGGAAUGCAAAAAAACCCCGGCGCGAAGACCAUCGAAGGCGACCUGGAGGAAGCUCUUUACUUAUCCGGCGCGGUCACCGAAGCGGACAGGGGUCAACCCAAGCGAUUCGAUUUUGCCAGAUCAGCUCGGACUGAUAAAGGCGUCAGUGCCGUGGGUCAAGUGGUGUCCGGCGGGUUUUACGUCGAUCCGCCGGGAUUGCUCGAUCGAUUGAACUCUAAUUUGCCGCCGCAGAUUCGGAUAUUCGGGUACAAGCGGGCGGCGGCGUCGUUUAACGCGAAGAAAUUCUGCGAUGGGCGGAGGUACGUUUAUUUGAUCCCUGUUUUCGCGCUCGAUCCGUCUUGUCAUCGUGAUAGGGAGAGUGUUUUGGCUAGCGUUGGGUCUGGGAAAGAGCUUGUUAAGUGUUUGGAAUGCUCGGAGAGAGGGAGAAAGGUUUUUGGUGUUAUGGGGAAACGUUGGUGGCCGAAAACUGCAGGCGACAAUGGUGAUUUUGGUUCAGGCAUUUCGUCGAACAGUGGAACUGCAGACCAAAUUUCUGAAAAACCGUCUAAUGUUGGAAAUGGGAAUGAAUUUGAAGGUGAAAAAGAUGUUCUGAUGGAUCCAAUUCUUCUGUAUAACAACGGAGCUGCUGUAAUCGAAGAGAAAAUUGUGGCAAAUUCUUCAGAAAUUGAUUCUGGCUAUAGAAAUGGAGCUCAGGAUAUUGGGGAAACAAUGGAAGCCAAUUCUGAAAGUGAAUUUGUUAAUUGCAAUGGAAAAUCAGAAAAGAACUCCGAUCGUAGCUACUGCUACGGCGAGGCUGUGCGCGAAAGGUUUAAUCGAAUACUGAAGCAUUACGAAGGAAAGCAUAAUUUCCAUAAUUUCACAACAAGAAUGAAAGCGGAUGAUCCUGCAGCCAAUCGUCACAUUAUCUCCUUCAACGCCAACACCGCGCUUACUAUCGAUGGAAUUGAUUUCGUCAAGUGUGAAGUGGUGGGGCAGAGCUUCAUGCUUCAUCAAAUCCGGAAGAUGGUUGGUCUUGCCAUUGCGAUCAUGAGGAACUGCGCAUCCGAAUCUUUGAUCCAGACAGCCUUUCGGGAAGAUGUGAACAUAAAUGUGCCGAUGGCGCCUGAGGUUGGAUUAUACUUAGAGGAAUGCUUCUUCACGUCGUACAAUCAGAAAUUUAAAGAUACCUAUGAAGACCUGUCGAUAAAAGCUUAUGCCGAAGAAGCGGAGGAGUUCAAAUUGAAGCACAUUUACUCUCACAUUGCAUCGGCUGAGCACAAGGAUGGAGCCGUGGCCCUAUGGCUGCAUUCACUCAACUAUCGCAACUAUCCGGAUUUGCGCGUAGCUUAUACUUCCGAGGAAAGUUUUACACGAUGGGGUGCGCCGCAAGAACAGAUUCGGUGAGAACUAACCUUUCUAAUGUGUUCCCUUUUGCAACAAUUUUUAGAUGCCUGAGAAUUUGGAUGAGAAUUAAUGUAGUCUGAAGAUCAUUGAACCUUGAAAAAGUUUCAAGGAUGCUCAAAUAUAUUGUUGUGUCAAAAUUAUGAAGUUAGAAUUUUGUUGGGUCGUUUUGUUAAUUUUGAAAGUUUAAUGCAAUGAAUGGACGGGAUAGAGUUUCUGCUAA